AAAGCAGGAGCACGUGCUGUCCACAGCACUUUAAAGGCCUUUAGGCUAAGGGGCGGAUGACGCCACGGCCUUUCACCUCGACAGAACAGCGGCACGUGCUGUCCGGCGCACUUUACGGCAGUCAAUGCCAAGGCAGCAGGGUUAAGCCACGUCCUUUCACCACACAGAACAGCGGCACGUGCUGUCCGGCAUACUUUACGGCAGCUACGCGAAGGCACGAGGUCGCGAGCGUCUGCUGCGUCAAGGUCCGCUACGGUUACGGGGCUUUGCGCUCUAUCUCAUUGUGGUCUGGUUGUUGGUCCGUUGGUACACCUGCGGCUAUUCUAUCAUGGCAAGGAUGGCGGCACUGUGGGGGAAGACCAGAGAUUACUUCCUGAGCAAGGAGUUCCGGGAAUACGUGACCAGCACUCAUUUCUGGGGUCCCGUGGCCAACUGGGGCCUUCCGCUGGCUGCCUUUAAGGACAUGAAGGAGUCUCCGGAGCUCAUCAGUGGCCGCAUGACGACUGCGCUCAUCUUCUACUCUUCGAUCUUCAUGCGCUUCGCCUACCGCGUACAGCCUCGAAACCUGCUGCUGAUGGCGUGCCACGGCACCAACGUGGUGGCUCAGUGUGUGCAGGCCAGUCGCUACCUACACUACCGCUUUGGCGGCGGCGCCAUGGCCAAAGCCCGCGACCCUCCGGCUACCACCGCCGCCGCUGCCACCAGCCCCAGUUCCCAGCCCCCGAACAAGUUUCUUAAGAACUGAGAGGGCCUGGUCGCAUUUCUGCAGGUCACAAGCACUGAACUGUUAUUCUUCCUGAAAAAAGACCAAUGAAGACUUCGGUUUUGACUCUAUAACAGUGCAAAUCUGACUUAAACCUGCAGUUUGGUUGAUAAACAAAUACAAGAUAGCA